UGCAGAUAAUAGUAUUCCAUGGCAUCUAACAAUGCAGAUCAGGUCGUCUUUGAUAAGGUUGCUGAAAUCAACGCAUCUAAAGAGUCUUGGAACAUACGUGUUAAAGUCGUCAUGCUUUGGAAGCCGACCUAUAUAAACAAUCCUAAUAUGGUCGCAAGCCUGGACAUGAUUUUAAUUGACCAGGAGGCAUUGGUUACACGACUUGUUAAAGAGGGAACCGGAAAGACGACAUUAGCAAUCGGCGAUGGAGCUAACGAUGUCGGAAUGAUUCAAGAAGCCGACAUCGGAAUCGGAAUGAGUGGAGUUGAGGGAAUGCAGGCGGUUAUGUCGAGCGACAUCUCAAUUGCUCAAUUCCGGGUUUUGGAACAAUUGCUAUUAGUCCAUGGACAUUGGUCUUACCGAAGAAUUUCUUCAAUGUUAAGAAUUCUAUAUGCUAUUUUUUUCUAUAAAAACAUCGUAUUGGAACCACGAUUUUCUUGUAUGAAGCUUAUGCAUCAUUCUCAGCUCAACCUGCGUAUAAUGAUUGGUAUUUGUCUCUAUACAAUGUCUUCUUCACAUCGCUUCCUGUCAUUGCAUUGGGAGUAUUUGAUCAAGAUGUAUCUUCUCGAUUUUGUCUCAAGAAAUCCUGCAGCUAUUUCUUCAAUUAAUUUCCAUUUCCAUUUCCCACCUUUUGUUGUAUCUACGCUAAAUGACCAAUUUCAUUCGACAAGCCGAACUUCACUUGCUCAUGCUCAUGCCAAUGAAGAUAACCAUAUUGCUGAUGCUGAAUCUGAUGGUUUGAAUUGGAAAUCAGUGCUCUGUCAUGAAACUAAGGCAAUCAAACAGGAGUCUUUAAUUCGUGUAACAACAAACUUAUAUUGUUGGCAAUCCCUUAGUAAUUCAUUGGAGUUUGGAAAUGCAUCAGCAAAAGCAUCUGAUGAAGAAGUGGUACAAGAACAGAAUGAUGUUAAGCCGACAGACACCUGGGCAUGGGCAUCAUAA